AGAAAGUGGUUAUUGUUGGAACUAUCGUAGCAAUCGUUUCUGAUAAGAUGUGGUAUUAUGAUGGGUGUAACCAUUGCAAGUCCAAAGUUGAGCUAAAGUUUGAAACUUAUGAUAAGGAAGAUGGAACAAGUGAUGUUAGAGAUGAGAAGGUGUAUUAAUGUUCCAACAAGGAUUGUCAAGGAAAAGAAUUUUUCCCGCUGUCCAGGUUUAAAAUACCAAUUCGGGUUCAAGAUUCAACCGGUACGGUGACACUUACAUUGUUUGACCAUGAGGCAUUGAAGUUUGUUGGGAAAACUGCAAAGGAACUUAUAGAAAUUCAGGACGAGUUACUCACGACAAAUGAGCUUCCAAGAGAAUACCCUGUUGAAUUUGAAAUGUUGGUUAACCUAAAUUGUGCUUUCAUGAUCAAAGUAACAGACUUUAAUAUUGUCAAUGGUGUGGAGAAUUAUGGAAUAUCAGUUGUUACCACUGAUGUUGACAUCUUGGAUGAGCUCAAUAAAAAAUGGAAAAUUGACCAGCUUGAUGUCUCUGAUUUGUUUGGUAUGAGUCAGUCUGAGUUCCAAUAUGCUGGUGGUGAAUGCUCUAAGGAUGGUGAUUCUUACACUGGGGAUAACUCCACACCUGUUUCAAAGGAUUACGUGGGUGACUUGAAGCAAUCAUCUUCUGAUUUGAAGCGUAACCUUGGUGAUGUUUAUGUGAUUGAAGAGGGAUUGGGGUCGGCAGCAAGUAAGCCUCGCAUAUGUGUUGAGAAUAAUUAUCUUGACGAAGAUUUAGGCAAGAAUUGAUAAACGAGAUUUUGCAAAUGGUGGUUACAAUAAAAACAAUUUAUUUGUUAUUGGACUAUUGGAAUUUUGUUUUGUGGUUUUUAAUUUUUGAUGUUUGAAUACAUUUUUAUGGUUUCCCUAUAUAUUAUGACAUUUUGACUUAUUCUUUACUA